AUGCCUGGUGGGCGAGGUUGUCGAGAGGCCCCAUACCACCUGAUCCGCAUUCUCAUAGCGCUCGCUCGGCGGGAAAGACUGCUGACGUGGAAAAUUGUACUCUUUUUUGUUAGCCUGUACGACGCUUACUACAACCUGUCGCUGCCCGUGCCGGACACCCCCGUCAACUACCGCAUUCAUGAGCUGCUCAACAUGGCCACCAAGGCUUGGACCCGCACUUACUGGGGCCGUCUGCCCGUCGUUUACAACGUCCGCAACCGGCUGAUGGGCCUCAUGUCCUUUCCCAAGUUGGCCCUGCAGCUCAAGCUGGACUUCAGCGUCAUCCUGGGACCCUUGUUCUACACGUGGGUGGUCCAGAUGUUGUUGCCGUCGCUGCUGCAGCAGCUGGUGUAUGAGAAGGAGAAGCGCCUGCGAAUGAUCAUGAAGAUGCACGGUCUGGGUGACGGGGCGUACUGGCUGGUGACGUACCUGUGGUACCUCAUGGUGUACAUAGUCUACAUGGUAUUCUUCGUCGUGUUCGGGACGUUGAUACGGCUCAAGGUCUUCACCACCACGCCCUUUUCCAUACAAGCCGUGCUGUUCUUCAUCUUCGGCAACAACAUGCUCGCCUUCGUGUUCAUGAUCUCCUCCUUUUUCUCCUCCUCCCGUAUGGCAACCGUCGUGGCCGUUCUGUACAUCUUCGCAUCGGGCCUCAUUGGCGAGCUAUUACUGCGCUCGCUCAUGCAGCAGGACAAGUCGUACAUGCUUGUCGUACAGCUGGUGCCCGGCUUUGCGCUGUACCGCGGUCUGUUCGAGUUUUCCGAGUACUCCACCCGGGCCGUCUUCGCCACCUUCCCGGGUCUUAAGUGGUCCAACCUGCGCGACCCCGGCAAUGGCAUGCUUAGCGUGUGGGUGUCUCUGCUGGCGGAGUGGCCGCUGUUCAUAGCGCUGGGCUGGUACUUUGAGCAGGUUCUGAAUAACGGGACCGGGGCGAGACGGCAUCCGCUCUUUUUCCUGCGGUGGAUGUGGCGGAAGGUAUGUGCGGCGGUGGGGUGGGGUGGGGUGCCGUGCUCGCCUGAGCCGAAUGCUGACCUCUGGGAGCUCCAGCGGAUGCAGCCUCAUGCCACAGCGGUGGUGGAAAUGGCACCGGGACGCGGCGGCGCAGCGGCGGCGCCGUCAAUGCUCAUGGCUGAGGAGCUCAAGUCGCCACCUCAGGCGGGCGGAAUGUCGAAGCGGGGCGAGGAUCUGAUCCCAGAUGCGACUGACGUCAACGGGGGCGGCAAGGGGGCUGACGGUGCCGACGCUACUGAUCGGCGUCGCCGGCCCGGUCGCCGAGGGCGUAGAUGGCGAUGCAGCUCUGGCGGCGGCACCGCUGGCCUGCCUUCCACCGUCAACCCGCGGCUGGUUGUCAAUACGGCUGAGGGAGCCCCCUCGCCGAGUGGGAGUGACCGUUGCAUAUCGGUUAUGCUUGGUACAGGUAAGGCAGCGACGGCGGCGGUGGCGGGGGCAGAGGAGGUGAAGGCGUGUACGGUAGAUCCAGUUACGUUUGAGAGUGGAGGCGGCGAGGCCUCGGGCUCCGUGAACACGCUGACGUAUGCGUGCGCACUCGCUGAAUCCAGCAGUGACGAUGUCAGGUACAAAACCACCAUGCCCGGCCUCAUCCAGCUCCUAUGUCCCCUUGCGCUUCUCUUGCUGGGUUCCUUUGCCCAUGGCCACCUUGUCCCCACCGCCCCUCUCUCGUUGUGUCUGGGUUUGCUGGGUUGGGCUUCCCUUCAGCCCCCCGUACGUACUUGCAUCGAGUCCCAGGUACAGCUCCACACCCGCCUGCACCAGUUCCGUCCACACGUCGAAGUCUUGCUGGCUAGUGUAGGCUGCCUGUGCGCCAUGACCCAAAGCAGCGAGGGCGUGCAGCAGGGAACCGCCACUUAUGAUUGUGCUGGUGCACACACUUUAACUUUGCUCGAUUCAGCCGAGCGUACAUUAGGGGACUAG